AUGUGUCAUAAGGAACCAUCAGCUGUCGUACAUUUUGAGACCGUGCCAGCAUAUCAAGGGGAUGAUUUGGUAACUGAUAUCCGGGUAUUGCAUCGAGUCUUUUGGAGCUAUUACCCAUGCAUUAGAGCGUUCAGACACUGUAAGUCAGUUGUCCAGGUGGACGGGACUCACUUGUACGGAAAGUACAAGGGUUGCUUGUUAGUGGCCGUUUCGCAGGAUGGUAACAACAAUAUCGUCCCGAUUGCAUUUGCUAUUGUUGAGGGAGAGACCUCUGAUGCUUGGCACUUUUUCCUCAGUAACCUACGUCAACAUGUUGUGACUAGGGAUGGCAUGGGGCUGAUAUCGAACCGACAUGAGUCCAUAAAUGCAGCUGUGGAACGUAGUCACGGAGCUAGGUCACCUCCUAGAGCUUUCCACAUGUUUUGCAUCCGGCAUAUAGAAUCGAACUUUCUGAGAAAAUUCAAGGCACCCUAUCUGCAAAAGCUUGUCGUCAAUAUAGGUAACAUUUAUGCGUUGGCAUUCGACGGUGGCUACCGAUGGGGUCACAUGACGACUAAUCUAGUGGAGUGUAUCAACUCAGUCUUGAAGGGUGCACGCAAUCUCCCCAUCACUGCACUUGUGAAAGCAACGUUCUACAGACUUAAUGAGUUGUUCACACGGAAAAUAGCAGAAGCGGAGGCGAGGAUUAAUGCAGGCCAUGUUUUUACGGAGCAUGUGACCUCCAAAAUUCAUGCAAAUCAACUUGCAUCAGGAAACAUUCAGAUUAAUUGCUUUGACAGGCAGAAUGAGGUAUUUGAAGUGCGUGAGAUGCCAAGUGGAGUGGAGUAUGCUGUUGACCUCCGUCAUUAG